AUGCAUUAUUUUGGAGUAUUAGCUGCACUGUCUGUUUUCAACAUCAUUGCCUGUUUGACAAGAGGCAAGCCUUUGGAAGACUGGGACAAGUUAUCAGCUAUGGGAAAGUCUGAUGCACACUUUCGUGAUCCUGGGGAAGUGGAAGAUGAGACUCAUUUCAACUUUAAAUCUUUCUUGGAGAAUAUGAAGACGGAUUUACUAAGGAGUUUGAAUUUGUCAAGAGUCCCCUCACAGGUGAAGACCAAAGAAGAACCACCACAAUUCAUGAUUGAUUUAUAUAACAGAUAUGCUGCAGACAAGUCCUCCAUCCCUGCAUCCAAUAUUGUAAGGAGCUUCAGUACUGAAGAUGUUGUUUCUUUAGCUUCACCUGAAGAAAAUCCAUUUCAGAAACACAUCUUGCUCUUCAACAUCUCUAUUCCACGAUAUGAGGAAAUCACCAGAGCUGAACUGAGAAUUUAUAUCUCCUGCCACAGGGAAGUUGGGUCUCUCUCUAGGCUGGAAGGCAACAUGGUCAUUUAUGAUGUUCUAGAUGGUGACCACUGGGAAAACCCAGAAAGUACCAAAUCUUUCCUUGUCUCCCACAAUAUCCAGGAGUGUGGUUGGGAGAUAUUUGAAGUGUCCAGUGCUGUGAAAAGAUGGGUCAGGGCAGACAAACUGAAGACUAAAAACAAAUUAGAGGUUGUUAUAGAGAGUAAGGCUCUGGGUGGUUUCACUUGUGGGAAGCUGGAUAUCAGUGUUAGCCCUGACACUAAAAAUCUGCCCCUGUUAAUAGUGUUCUCCAAUGACCGCAGCAAUGGGACAAAAGAGACCAAAGUGGAGCUCCGGGAGAUGAUUGUUCAUGAACAAGGAAGUGUGCUAAAGAAAUUAGGAAAGAACAACACUUCAUCUGAAGAGGAAGAACAGGGAAAGGAAAAGGCCAUCACUGAGCCCCACCGGCAUUCCUCCAGAAGCAAGAGAAGCAUUGGAGCCAACCACUGCCGGAGAACCUCCCUCCAUGUGAACUUUGAAGAGAUUGGCUGGGAUUCCUGGAUUAUUGCACCGAAAGAUUAUGAGGCUUUUGAGUGUAAAGGAGGUUGCUUCUUCCCUCUGACAGAUAACGUUACCCCAACAAAACAUGCUAUUGUCCAAACUCUAGUGCAUCUCCAAAACCCAAAGAAAGCUUCCAAGGCCUGUUGUGUUCCAACCAAAUUGGAUUCAAUCUCCAUUCUUUAUAAGGAUGAUGCUGGUGUGCCCACUUUGAUAUAUAACUACGAAGGGAUGAAAGUGGCAGAAUGUGGCUGCAGGUAG